AUGCUGGCGGACCGUAUACACUUCUAUCAGAAUCAUUGGUGUUCUCGUUGUUUGGGUCUGUUGUUCCAGCUUUAUAUCUCCGUCGUGGGGCAGAGUUAUCAACAGCAGAAAACCUUCAAGACCUUGAAGCGAAAUAGAUGGCUUUUUCCUAUGUCAUAUCAUGAUUCUCUCGAUUCCUAUCUAUACAUUCGCUAUAUCUCUACUGCUACUCCUCUUCGCUAUAUCUGUGACGGCUUCCUAUCCUCUUCGGAUUUGGCUCAGGUUUUGACCGUAGUGACUUUUGCCCUGCUUUUCGCGUAUCUGCUUGUUUCUAUCCUCCCGUCGCCAUUCUAUUCGCGACUUUAUGGGUUCUUGUGGGGGAAGAGAAACUCGGAACCUGACGACAGCGAGGAUGAGUUGGACGGAGAGCUUCAUGAGAAGGAGGGCGCUUAG